GGAAAUCGUGACUUCAUAAGUUAGUCUUAUAUCGGAUCCUGGGGUUCGCGUAGGUAGAUGCUAUUGCAAUAGACCUUAUUGACAUAUACCGCUUUGUACAUUUGUACACUGCUCCCUUCAUUCGAAAGGACUCGAUCACAACUGGAUUGUUACAGAAUGCCGUCGGCUAUCGUGGUUCGCCAGAUACCAGGCAAGCCUGGGUCUGUCUACUACCCGCUUGAGAAAAUUGAGCUUCCCAAUCCUUCUCCAAAAGCCGACGAAGUAGUCGUCAAGAUAUCAGCCGCAGCGUUGAAUCAUAGAGAUCUGUUCAUCAGGCAGCAUCUCUACCCAGCAAUUGGGUUUGGUGUGCCUCUGCUCGCUGAUGGUGCUGGCACAGUAGUUGCAACAGGAUCUGCCCCAGAUGCGCAAAAAUGGAAGGGGAAACGGGUUGUCAUAAAUCCUGGUUCAGGUUGGAAAGAUGACAUAGAUGGUCCCGAAGACCCCCAGGGCUACAAGAUCCUUGGUGGCACGAAGGUGAAUCCAGCAGGCACGUUGGGUGAUUACAUUGUGAUCAAGGCCGGAGAGCUCGAAGAGGCACCAUCCCAUCUGAACGAUAUUGAGGCUGCGAGCAUUCCCCUUACAGGUUUAACAGCAUGGAGAGCAGUUGUCACCAAAAGUGGAAAUGCAAAACCUGGGAGAAACAUCUUGGUUACAGGAAUUGGAGGUGGUGUUGCCAUCAUGGCUUUACUUUUCGCGACUGCUUCUGGUGCUAGGGUAUAUGUGACCAGUGGUAGCGAAGAGAAACUUCAAAGAGCCAAGGAGCUUGGAGCUGUAGGUGGUGUAAACUAUAAAGACAAGGAUUGGGGAAAGAAGCUCAAGAACCUUCUACCGAAAGACCGCCCCUACCUUGAUGCUGUGAUCGAUGGUGCAGGAGGAGAUGUUGUAAGUCAGUCGAUGAGGAUAUUAAAGGCUGGCGGUGUUGUAGUUUCGUAUGGCAUGACUUUAGGGCCGCAGAUGCCCUUCCUCAUGGGUGCUGUCCUGAAGAACAUUGAUCUGCGUGGCUCGACAAUGGGAUCUAGGAAGGAAUUCAAGGACAUGAUUGAUCUGGUUAAAUCCAAGCAAAUCAAGCCCGUUGUUUCACGUGUCGUCAAGGGACUUGAUAUCCAGCAGAUCGAUUCUCUCUUUGAUGAUAUGAAGAAAGGGGUGCAAUUUGGUAAAUUGGUCGUCGAUCUAUCUUCUGGUAGCUCAAGCAAACUCUAGUUUGCAAUUUAUGACCGAAUUGCAGGACCGAGAAAUGCCAGAGAUGUGAGACUUUGCCCAGAACAUAGAGAAUUGUGUUGCUUUUGAAGAAGAGAAUAUUGCGCACCCCCCAUUAUCGUUGGAAAAGCCAUGUUGAACUUGUCUGAUAAAUUUUACAGAAUGUAGAUGCUGAACCGGGAGAUCAAUUCGGUCGUACUGCGUCAAUUGUCUACUUGUUUCUGCAAGUCUCAACAGAAUUCGAUAAUUACAUGACCUCGUAAUCUAGGGCUGCUGAUGGCGGCAUUUGAAAUCAAGUCCAG